UGCAGAAAGCAGCUCAGCAAAAUAUCUCCCUCAGUGAUUUAAAGAAAACAGCCACCUAAAUAACCUCAUGAUGACUAGGGGAUACUAGCUGCAUGGACUUGCCGCAGAGCUGAAGAGGGGACCAUUAAGGAGAAAGUGAGGUCAGGAUCAACACCCCUUGCUGUGUCACAGGGAAAGACAAUAGAACAAUUUUCUUUGAACUUAUCUAGAUACAACCACUUUGCCUUCAGUCAGGGAGAGUCAUUCAACCACCAUGGCCUUUCAGGACCUCCUGGAUCAAGUUGGUGGUAUGGGGAGGUUCCAGAUAAUUCAGAUGGUUUUUCUUCUUAUCUACAAUACCAUGGCAAACACUCAUGUUCUAUUGGAGAACUUCACUGCUGUCAUCAUUGGUCAUCGCUGCUGGGUCCACAUCCUCGACAAUGACACAGUCUCUGACAAUGCCACUGGGACCCUCAGCCAGGACACCCUCCUGAGGAUCUCCAUCCCACUAGACUCAAACCUGAGGCCAGAGAAGUGCCAGCGCUUCAUCCACCCACAAUGGCAGUUCCUUCAUCAAAACGGGACCUUCUCAAACAUGAGUGAGCCAGACACGGAGCCCUGCAUGGAUGGCUGGGUAUAUGACCGAAGCUCCUUCCUCUCCACCACCGUGACUGAGUGGGACCUGGUGUGUGAAUCUCAGUCACUGAAUUCAGUGGCUAAAUUCUUCUUCAUGAUUGGAAUGUUGAUGGGAAACAUUGUAUAUGGCUGUUUGACAGACAGGUUUGGUAGGAGGUUACUUAUGACAUGGAGCCUAUUCCAGCUGGCUGUUACCGACACCUGUGCUGCAUUGGCUCCCACCUUCCUGGUUUACUGCUCACUCCGCCUCCUGGCUGGCAUGUCCACCUCAACCAUCCUGACAAAUACUGUUCUUCUUAUUGUAGAAUGGACAACUCCAAAAUACCAAGCUAUGGGAACAACAAUAGCUAUCUGCACUAUUAGUGUUGGACAGAUCAUGUUGGGGAGCCUGGCUUAUGGUAUUCGAAACUGGCAUACUCUCCAGCUGGUUGUGUCUAUACCCAUUUUCUUCUUAUUUAUUUCCUCAAGGUGGGUGUCAGAGUCAGCUCGGUGGCUGAUUAUCAACAACAAACCUGAGGAGGGCUUACAGAAACUUAAAAAAGCUGCACGGGUGAAUGGAAUGGAGACUUCUGCAGAUGCCCUAACCAUGGAGGUUGUGAGAUCCACAAUGAAGGAGGAGCUGAAGGCAGCACAGAAAAAGCAUUCUCUGUGUGACUUGUUCCGUACACCCAACCUGUGUAAACGGAUCUGUCUCCUGUCCUUGAUCAGAUUUGCAACUUGGCUACCCACUUUUGGCUUGAUUAUCCACCUCCAGCACCUGGGAAGCAAUGUUUUCCUGGUCCAGAUUCUCCUUGGUGUAGUCACCCUCCCAGCCAAUUAUCUUUCAUUUUUGGCACUCAAUUACAAGGGUCGUCGAAUAAGUCAUUUUAUUUUCAUGUCCAUGCUGGGAAUCUCCUUUCUGGCCAAAACAUUUGUGCCUGAAGAAAUGCAGACCAUGCAUAUGAUUUUGACAACAUUGGGAGGAGGACUUUCUUUUGCCUCUGUUUCCUGUUGUUUUACUCAUACAAAUGAACUGCUCCCCACCAUCAUCAGGGCAACGGGUUUAGGAAUCAUUGGAGUUUGUGGAAGCUUGGGGGCAGCCCUGGCACCCCUGUUGAUGAUCCUGGAGACAUAUUCUGCACCCUUGCCCUGGAUCAUCUAUGGAGCCUCCUCCUUCUUUUCUGGUCUUGUUGUCUUUCUCCUUCCAGAAACCAGGAAUCAGCCUCUGCCUGACUCCCUCCAAGAUAUAGAGAAAGAGGGGAAAGUUUCCAGAAAAACGAAGCAGGAAGAUCUCUCCAUCAAAGUGACACGCUUCUAAGGAAUUCCAGGAAUUGACUACUGAUCAAAGAGCAAGAAUAAGGAAGAAAAAUCAAGAUCACUCUUGGACUCUAGCAAAAAAAAAAAUUGAAAUAAGUGCCAUAGAAAUAAUAAAUCCCAUUUACAGUUGUGAUACUAAGGUUUUGUAUAGAAGAUACUUUAUGAAUCACAAGAAGUUCAAAGAAACUACAAUAUUUAAAAUCAUGACAGAAUAUUCACAUAGUUGUUGAUAUCUAAAAUGUUUUUAGAUAGGAAGAUGGAAUUAGUUAAAAUCAGUUUUCUUUCUGACUUGAUAGGAAUAUUAUUUUACGGGACAAUUACAACAAAGAACUCCACACUCUUGAAACAACUUGAAACAUAUUUCCAAGUAAAUCUAAAAAUUAAUACCAGUAUUGAUGUAGCUCUAUAUCUCACAAGAAAGUACUUGAGGUAAAGAACUUAAAUCAAGGAAAGAUUUAUAUUUGCAAACAGUUUCAAAAGUUUCUUUCCAUGGUUGCUUGACCCUCAUCCAUUGGGCCUAUGAAAAGGGAAAAUAUGGUGGGGAGUCCAUGGUGGCACAAACCUGUUUACCUCAUUGAAGACAAGAGAGGAAGGUACCAGUGUUCUGAUGUCCCUUCAAGGUCACACUCCCAGUGACUUAAAUCACUCCAACUAGGCACAACCUCCUGAUGUUUCUACAACUUCCUAACAUUCAUCAAAGUAUAGAUUAAAUCCUAUGUCCAGUAUCUCAGACACAUGGUGUGAUAUGAGCUCAAAAUGACUGGAGCAGACCUAUCCUUAUGGCCUGUCUGGUGGCAGCCCAAAAGGCCACUCUCUUAGAUCACUGACCAGGACACGCUGGGGCUUACUUCUCAAAGCAAACUUUGAAAUGAGUUCAUAUAUUUAUGCCAUUCAUCCUGGAAUAGGUGGGGCCUUGUCAAUUUCUGAGAAGUCCACAAAGCAUCUUUUCUACUGAACAUGAUUUCUUGUGAAUGUCACUCAUCUCUUGAGCAACUGCGGUCUCCUUGACCACAAUUAAUAUGCUUCUUUUCUUGCCAAACUGCAAGUUUUUUCAAAACUUUCUGCUUUUUUUUAAAAAAUUUUUACUUUUUAGUUUUUACUACUGCUUCUUACUGUAAACAUGACUAAAGCAUCCAGCAAUACCCAUGAAACUGCUUGAAAUUUGUGCUGCCUUGAAGUUUCCUCCAUCUUAUUAAUUAGUCUGUGAACUCUAAACAGCCUUCCAUACUCUCAUGGCAUGCACAAAAUGUAGAUAUGUUUUUUUCUAGGAUAUAAAAUGCAUACCCCUGCCCAAUUUCCAACACAAUUCUCAUUUCUAUCCAAAACCUCAUCAGCAUAGCCAUUACUGUCCACAUUUCUAUCCAUAUUCUUGUCUUCUGAGCCUCCACUGGAGUCACCUGUUGAGAUUGUUUAUGGCAUUCUAGGGGUUCUGUAACCCAUUCCUCAAGUGUUUUCCAAACUUCUUCCACAAACUGGUUACAAAGUUUUCUGAACCAUGUCAUCUGAUAUAGAUACAAUAUGUCUACUUAUCAGUACCAAAUUUUUGUGUUAGUCAGUUUUUUGUUGCUGUGACAAAAUACCUGAGAUAAGCACCUAAAAAGGAGGAAAAUUGAUUGCAGGUCAUGGUUUUAGGGGGUUCAGAUCAUGGAGGCUUGGACUCAUAACUUUUAUGCCUGUUGCAAGGAUAAACUUCCUGGUAAAAGCACAUGGUUGAACAGAGUUGCUUACCUCAUGGCAGCCAGGUAGUGAAAAAAAGAGAGGUAAGCACCAGCCUACUAAUAUCUCCUUCAGGGGCACACACCCAGUGACUCAAUGUCUUCCAAGUAAGCCCAUGCCCUAAAGUCUCUGCCACCUUCCCACAGCACCACUGGAUGGGGCCUAAGCAACCAAUUUGUGAAACUUUGGGAGACAUUUAUGAUGCAAACGAAGUAGACACAGUGAUUCAGAAAAGUGAAGUUCAUGGAGUAAGGGUGGAACAGGAGGAUAAGCUCAAAAUAGGAAUCUCAGUUGCAUUUUAAAGUCACAAGAAGUCAGGAAAGAGACAGUGGCUAUAAACAACUAUGAAGUGAUAAUACAUUACUGAUCCAAAUAAAGAAUUAACUAAUAAAUAGCAUUAACUAACAUAACUAAUGAAAAAUGAUAUGAACUGAUUGAAAAUUAAAGCCCUAUAAACUGAAAUGAAAUAUCAGAAGUACUGGAGAAUGAAAUCCACCAAAAUAUACUAUCUCUACAUACAAUACACCCCAAUGAAUAAUUAUCUAUGUACUUACAAUGCACUAGUUAAAAUAGAAGGGAGAACAGUAGAACAUAGCAAGUGGAUUGUGGGAGGGAGGAGGAUAGGAAAAGGGAAGGUAAUGGGUAAUUAAAUUGACCUAAUUGUGUAUUGUGCAUAUAGGGAAGGUAUAAUGAAUCCCACUGUUAUGUAUAAUUAUAAUGCACAAUAAAAAAGGGAAAAAAAGAAAUAAUAGCAGCUAUUUUCCAAAAGACCAAGGAUUUCAUUUAUUAUCAAUUUUGUUUAUUUUUUCAAAGAACCAACUAUUUAUUUUGUCAAUUUUUGUAUUGUUUCUUUUGUUUCAAUUUCGUUGAU